AUGGUAUCAGACGAACAUCUUGCUCAAGUUUCAAUGGCUAGGCCCUCCACUCGCUCGCAAGACGGUAUUCCGCCGCCCACAGCAGAGAAGACCACAUCAGAAUCAAAUCCCGAUUCCACUUCCGCACCAGUCGUCAACCCUUCCAUGGCACCUCGUCGACCUCCAACUUCUAGAGCUCGUCCUUCUCAGGAAGAAGAUCCUGUCGAACCAGAUGUGUUCUCCCCUGUUCAACCCGCUCCUCAACCUGCUCCCUCUAAUCGCAAACCCUCUCUCGAUCGAUUGGCUCAUGAAGAUGUCUCAAGCCCUUUCUUUCUCAGCACAGCCAAUCACCCAGGGCUUGUUCUCGUCUCCACUGUGCUCAACGGUGCAAAUUACCAAUCUUGGAAGAGAGGCAUAACAAUGGCGUUGAAUGCCAAGAACAAAUCUGCUUUCAUCGAUGGAACCCUUGCUCGGCUGGCCUCUGGUAAUCCCUUACUCAAUUCUUGGAAUAGAUGUAAUAACAUGGUAAUGUGUUGGUUGAUAAACUCUGUGUCCCCUGAGAUUGCACAGAGCAUCAUGUACUUUGAUCUUGCCACCGAUAUGUGGCAUGAUCUUCAAGAAAGAUUCAAUGAGGGAAAUGGCCCUAGAAUCUUUCAGCUGCAAACGCAACUCACCCGUUUGCAGCAAGGUGAUCAAUCUGUCACCUCAUAUUUCACAAAGCUCAAGUCUAUAUGGGAUGAGCUUAAGGAAUUUCAACCGAAUACCACUUGUUCUUGUGGUGCAAUGAAAAUAUUUCUUGACUAUUAUAAUCAAAAUCAAGUUCUACAAUUUCUAACGGGUCUCAAUGAGUCUUACUCUUCGGUUCGGGCUCAAAUCCUUCUCAAUGAACCAAUUCCAAAUCUUUCUCGGGUUUUCGCCAUGAUUGUUCAAGAAGAAAGACAAAGAACCCUUGGUUCCUCAUCCUCGGAUUUGUCCUCCAUGGCUGCCUCAGCCCGUCCAUCAUCAUCUACUAAUCCCAACCGGACAAAGAAAUCAAGACCCUCUUGCACAAAUUGUGGCAAACCGGGGCACUAUGUUGACAAGUGUUACUUCCUUCAUGGUUUUCCCCCGGGAUAUGGAGAUAAAAAGAAAUCUGAGAAAGGCAAGACUGUUGCCAAUAGUUUUACUGCCCCCCCCCCCCCCACCGAGACCAGUCACACCACCAUUGACCUCACCACUCAAUGCCAACAACUCAUAUCCCUUCUUAGCCAACAACUAAGUCAAGGUCAGACCCAUGAGGACCCAACUACUGCUGUUGCUGCUUCUAAUAUGGCUGAUUUUCCAUCACAUGUGACCCUCCCUAAUGCCAAUCGAAUAUGUGCUCAAGGAAUUGGUACAGUUCAAAUAAAUCCACAUCUUAUUGUUUAUGAUGCUCAUUCCCCAAAUGUGGUGAUUGGGACUGCUAAAAGACUUGGAAAGGUCUAUGUUCUUCUCCAAGAUUUCAUACCUAUUGCAAGUUCUACUUGUUCUUUACUUUCUUCUAAUAAUGGAGACCAAUAG